CCACAGCUGUGGCCAUACGGGAUCCUUGUGCCAAAAGGGGACUUCCCAGGCAGGACCUUUGGGUUUAUACUGUUGCUCAGAAUUUCUCUUGACUGGACAUUUGGAUCAAUCUUAUUGGGGUGAUGGCUUUAUUUGUGAAAAACACUAUCUGAGUCUUGAAAAAAAUUGCAAGCACUUUAGAACAUAAUUAUACACCCAUUCCAUUCAAAAGUAAUAGAAAAUAGCAGUAGUAUAGGAAACUGGAAGUAUGACUCUUAGCCAGGAGAUACUUCAAACACCCCACUUUCGUAAGCCAAAACCACCUCUUGAAUGUUCUGUCAGAGGGCUUUAUAAAGCAAGCUCAAGGAUGGUGGUGAUGUCUCAGGCCCCAAGGGCAGCAUUUCUAUGCCUGUUUUGUGGUUGGUCAUCACAUCCUGUCUUACCAGUUCUGGCAAUGAGAAUGUCUAAGUUCAGUCCAGUGCUUCACACAACUUUCUCCAUCACUCAGCACUUGGUUUUAAAAAGGUUUUCUACACUUGUGUUCAAUGCGGAAACAGGCUAUCUUUAAGAUAGCUUCAGCUUUGAAAGGGAACUUAAAAUAGCUUGCAGGGUGGCCUGAUAAUCAGAACAAUUGCUGAUAUUUCAUUUUCCAUGACUCUAGGAAGUAGCACUGUUUGACAGGGCCUACCUUAGUUUCGCUGGAAGUGAAAUGGGGAUAGCAACCCUAGCCAAUGGCACAAGAAGGUUCUUAACCAAAUAGUCCGAUUCCUGCGUUUUGCCUUUUGAGCUUGUUCAGUUUCUUUCAUGCUAUGACUGUUUCCCUUAGUAUCAGUCAGGCCAAGCAGAGCCUGGCUGCCUGGAGCUACAGACGGUGUGAAGCAGUUGCCUGAGACAAGAUCACCCAAAUUUUGAGGUUGGUGGGAAGGACAGGAGUCAUGCCUCUAAAGAGAUAGAGGCGGUUAGGCGAGAUGUCCUCAGAAGGGACCUGAUUAAAAGAGUCAAAAGGAUCAGUAUACAAGGAGUAACAAAUCUCAGUCUGGAGGCCAGAAGAGGGCCUGCAGUGGUCGCUGACCAGAGUCCUGCUGGCUCCUCCCGGGCCUGUACAGCCUGACUGGGCUGGGCUGCAGCGAAACUUCAGGAUCGCUAGGUGGCAGCCGUGCGUUUCCAAAGCUGUCUCGCCUACUGGAGAGCCCAGCUGGGAUCCGACCCGGGAGCUCAAGGUGGAGGGGGUGGGAGAUGCGUAACAGACGCCCUGGAGACCUUCUCCCCCUCAACGGCAGGGACAGAGACUGGAAGGGGGCUCACUUGGGUUGGCCAGCCGCCCGAGAGGGUGUCUGGGACACGCCACGAUCCUGCGUGGACUCAAAGGGCGGGUAAAAGAGACCCCCCCCCCUUAAAUGGAGCCGCCCCGAGGGCUGGGCCUGACCCGCCCCCUCCCGGCUCCCCACUCAAGCGCUGGUUGGUGUGAGUGAGUGCGACUAGCGAAUGUGGGCGCAUGAAGACGUUCCGCACCUAACUGCGUUCUUGGGGACCGCUGCCUGGCCAAUUCCGGCAGCGUUUGCUCCGUGGCGCGGGUCAUUGCGCCCAGACACAGAAUUCCGACGGCUUCCAGCGCUCACCAGCUCCAGCCUCGCGGGCUCUGCCCCUUCGGAGCUGCUGGUCCCGUCGCCGAGAGUCUGAGCGCCUCCCUCCAACCCAGGGCCGCCAGGAGAAGGAGGAGGCGGCAGAGGAGAGGCCGCGGCAGGCAGGCAAGCAGGCAGAGCCGCCUUUGAUGUGGGCGCGGCGCACCCAGGCGAGCUGAGCGCCCGUCCGGCCGCGCCCCGAGGGGGGAGCCCCCGGGCCCCGCAUCCUCAUUGUGCCGGCUCGGGCCCGGGCCCGCCCCCGGCCCCCCGCCCCCUCGCCGCCCGCGCGUAGAAAACGCCCCGGCCGCCGCCAGUGGUGGGAGGCGGCGAUGCGCACGGCCGGAGAGACUCGGAGGAGGAGACAUGAGCCGGCGGGCGCCCAGACGGAGCGGCCGUGACGCGUUCGUGCUGCAGCCGCGCGCCCCGGCCCCAGAACGCUGACCCCUGGCCCCGCGCAGUCCCGCGCCCCAUCCGGAGAGCACGCCCCAGCUUCCAGCCCCGCCGUGCAUGCUGCCCCCGGAGUGAGCCGGUCAGCCAGCCUCCCGCGGACGCCCGGACGGACGGCCAGCCGGCAGUGAGGAAGCUUCUUCGCACCGGCCGGUGCCUCCUGCACAGCGGCGGCCGCCCCGCAGCCCCCGCGCCAGCCCGGAGGGCGCAGCGCUCGGGAGGAGCCGCGCGGGGCGCUGAUGCCGCAGGGCGCGCCGCGGAGCGCCCCGGAGCAGCAGAGUCUGCAGCAGCAGCAGCCGGCGAGGAGGGAGCAGCAGCAGCGGCGGCGGCGGCGGCGGAGGCGGCGGAGGCGCCCGGUCCCGGCCGCGCGAAGCGGACAUGUGCAGGCUGGGCUAGGAGCCGCCGCCUCCCUCCCGCCCAGCGAUGUAUUCAGCGCCCUCCGCCUGCACUUGCCUGUGUUUACACUUCCUGCUGUUGUGCUUCCAGGUACAGGUGCUGGCAGCCGAGGAGAACGUGGACUUCCGCAUCCACGUGGAGAACCAGACGCGGGCUCGGGACGAUGUGAGCCGUAAGCAGCUGCGGCUGUACCAGCUCUACAGCCGGACCAGCGGGAAGCACAUCCAGGUCCUGGGCCGCAGGAUCAGUGCCCGCGGCGAGGACGGGGACAAGUAUGCCCAGCUCCUAGUGGAGACAGAUACCUUCGGGAGUCAAGUCCGGAUCAAGGGCAAGGAGACGGAAUUCUACCUGUGUAUGAACCGGAAAGGCAAGCUUGUGGGGAAGCCCGAUGGCACCAGCAAAGAGUGUGUGUUCAUCGAGAAGGUCCUGGAGAACAACUACACAGCCCUGAUGUCAGCCAAGUACUCUGGCUGGUACGUGGGCUUCACCAAGAAGGGGCGGCCACGGAAGGGCCCCAAGACCCGAGAGAACCAGCAGGACGUGCACUUCAUGAAGCGCUACCCCAAGGGACAGGCAGAGCUGCAGAAGCCCUUCAAGUACACCACAGUGACCAAGCGGUCCCGGCGGAUCCGCCCCACGCACCCCGGCUAGGCUGGCCCCGCCGUGGCCCCGCCAGGCCGCCCCAGCCCACACUCACACUCACGGAGAACUGCAAUCAGAGGAAUAUUUUUACAUGAAGAAAUAAGGAAGAAUUUCUAUUUUUGUACAUUGUGUUUAAAAGAAGACGAAAACUGAACCAAAAUUCUUGGGGGAGGGGGUGAGCUAAGGAUUUUAUUGCUGACUUGAAACCCCCUAUGACAAAAGACUCACGCCAAGGGACUGUCGUUACGCACAGGUGCUUGUGUCUCUCUAGGGACAGACAACUCUAAACUCGUCCCCAGAGGACUUGAAUGAGGAAAACGACACUCUGAGAAACCAAAGUCCUUUUUCCCAAAGGUUCUGAAAGCAAAAAAGCA